AUGCUGGGUUUAAACAGGAUUCUGAGCCUCCGGACAGCCCGGAUACGGAGCUGUGGUUCGCCGGCAGCCAGACUCUCAUCCCGGUGCCAACACUCCGGUACCAGUUGGAGGAUUUACUGUGCGUGUCUGUUGCUGCUGCUGCUGGUGACGCCUCAGGCGGACUCUUCAUGGUGGUACAUUGGUGCACUGGGGGCUCGUGUGAUCUGCGACAACAUCCCAGGCUUGGUGAACAAGCAGCGCCAACUCUGCCAGCGGCACCCAGACAUCAUGCAGGCCAUCGGUGAGGGCACCAAGGAGUGGAUCAGAGAGUGCCAGCACCAGUUCAGACACCAUCGCUGGAACUGCAGCACACUGGACCGCGACCACACCGUGUUUGGACGAGUCUUGCUGCGGAGCAGUCGUGAAGCAGCAUUUGUUUACGCCAUCUCCUCAGCAGGAGUGGUGUAUGCUCUCACUCGCGCCUGCAGCCAGGGGGAGCUGAAGACGUGUAACUGCGACCCGCACAAGCGUGGACGGGCUAGCGAUGAGAGAGGAGAGUUUGACUGGGGCGGCUGUAGCGACAAUAUCAACUAUGGGAUAAAGUUUGCCAAAGCCUUCAUAGAUGCCAAAGAGAGGACUGUCCGAGAUGCACGGGCGCUCAUGAACCUACACAACAACCGCUGUGGCAGAACAGCAGUGAAGCGAUUCAUGAAGCUGGAGUGUAAAUGUCACGGCGUGAGCGGCUCUUGCACGCUGCGGACAUGUUGGAUGGCCAUGUCAGACUUCAGGAAAACCGGUGACUACCUGAGGAGGAAAUACAAUGGGGCCAUCGAGGUGACAAUGAAUCAGGAUGGGACAGGCUUCGCUGUAGCAAACAAAGCCUUUAGGAAGGCCACCAAGAACGACCUGGUCUACUUUGAGAACUCUCCGGAUUACUGCUUACAAGACAAAUCAGCAGGCUCCCUGGGCACGGCCGGGCGGGUCUGCAAUAAGACAUCACGCGGCACGGAUGGCUGUGAGGUCAUGUGCUGUGGGCGGGGCUACGACACCACGAGAGUCAAGCAAAUCACCAAGUGCGAGUGCAAGUUCAAAUGGUGCUGCGCCGUGGAGUGUAAGGACUGUGAGGAAGCUGUGGACAUACACACGUGCAAAGCCCCCAAACGAGCUGAAUGGCUGGACCAGACCUGAGGACACGCCCCAUCCGCCUCCUGUAAUGCAGCCCCACCCCUUUCCCCUUUACAGGACAUCCUGUGGAAAAUGGCAUUCUGGGAAAGCUUGUCCGAAAAGUGCUCUGCGUCUCCGCCCUCCCCUGUCCCCACCUCGGUUCAUCAUUGCAUGGCUUUUCUACCUGUCUCUGUGAAAGCACUAGAAUUCAGUACCCAUCAAUAUGAAUUAAUACCCAUUAGCCCCUGUUUGUGAUUGGCCCUGCAACUGAAGUGCUGGGAUCAGAUGAUGAACGGUGAAACCAGUGAACACUUUGGGGUUCGGGUGGAUUGGGCUUUUAUCAAAGAUUCAGUCCAGUCCAGUUUUUUCUAGUGUGUGGUUCAGGGUUAAAAUGGUUUGCUGCUUUCAUGACGCUUUAAAGACACAUUUUUACAUUAACUGAGCCUUCAAACAUAU